AUGGGAAAGAGUGAAAAGGAAAAGUCUAUUUUAAAUGUUGAAAAAGAAGAGGAAGAAGAAGACUUGAAUUCAAUGAGAAACAACUGUAGCACAACUGUUCGAAAUCAAAAAACGAAAAAAGAAAAUAUCGAAGAAGAAGAAAGAGGAAGAGAAGAAAGAGCUAAACAAAAUGAUAAUGAAAUGGAAGAAGAUGAAAGUAAAUUAAUGGAAGAAGUUGAUAACUUGCUUUCUAUAUUAAUAAACAGUUGUGCUGAUAAUGAUAAUCAACAGCAAAUUGAAAAUACAAAAUUGCAUCAAGAAAAUAAUUCCAAUUCGAUAUUUACAAUUUCAUCAAAUGAUAAGGAUGUGGGAAAUUUUUUAUAUGGAGAAAAAUUGGAAGAAAAUAAUUGCAAGAAUGAAGUAAUAUAUUCUGGAAAAGUUCAGGAAAGAAAAAUGGAUGAAAAUAAUUUCAAAUUAAAUUUAAUCGAAAUAUAUGAUGAAGCAAACGAUAUGGAAAAUUCUAAUGUUGUGAACAAUUCGAUAAUAACUGAAACAACAAAUUUUGAGAGAAGCAAUUUGUCGGAUGUUUGUAUUAUGCAUGCAAAUGAGCAAGGUAAAUUGAAAAUGGAUGCUGUGACAAAUGUACAAAGCAUAGAAAUUUCGAGAGAACAAAAUUCAGAAAUGUCAAAUAUUGAAACAUUGAAGAAAGAUUUUUUAAUUCAUGGAAAUUCAGAUAAUUUGGAUGAAAAAUUAGCAGAAAAAAAUAAGAAUAUGGAUAACAUUAGUAUGAAAAUGGAAGAUAAUUCAAUUGAAAGAACUACUGAACAAUUAAAUAGCAAUAGCAUUCAGGAUUCGAAUAUAAGAAUUGAAUUGAAUGAUUGUAUUAUUAGCAAUGAGGAUGAUAAUACCGGAAAUAGCAUAUUUUCGGAAAGAACUGAGCAACCUGAAUUACAGGAAGUCAAGGAAAAGAAUGAAAACAUAAAGGAAUCAAAAGGGGAAGAAUUUGAGACAAAAACAGAUGGGAUAAAUUUAUCAAAAUCUGACACUGAAUCAGAGCAAAAGUUUGAUGAGAAUUUUGUCUCGGAUGAUUCUGUCAUCUCAAAUGAUACAAUCCGAGAAAAGUUGACACUUGUGAAUAAUGUCACCGAAGUGAUAUGUUCUGCGAAAAUUUCAGAAGAAAAUAAUAAGCGAAUCAAUAACAAUGAACUUGCUACAACUAUGAAUUCACGAAUUGUGGAAAAUUUUCCAACAAAUGAAUCGAAAGUUACCUGUGGUAUUGAAUUAUUAAAAGAUACUGAAGAAUUAAAUAGCUGUGAAGUAACACAAUCGAAAAAUAAAUUCUAUGAAGCUAUAACCGGUUUCUGGAAGCAUACAGCAUUUAGCAAAAAACGUUCCGAAAUUGCUAUUUCAAAGAAUUUACCAUCAGAAUUAACACAAACAUCCUCAAUUCAUUCCAGUAAAACUUCGCUAACAUCUACAGAAUCGUUAGGCUCAGUGAUACUUCCAGCUGAACUUAUCAAAUCAACCGGAUCUGCUACAGAAUCUAUUCCGCAUUCUGAAGAUAAUAUUAACUCAUCUCUCCUAGAAAACACUGUAACAGAUGUAAUUUCUGGUUCUGAUCAGCAAAAAAUCUUACUUAACGAUCAGUCAUUUAAUUCUACACUUACGGAAAACUUAGUUUCUGAUAUUGAUCCGGAAGCUUUGCAAUUAACACCAGAUUCAUUGAAUAUCACUGAUGAAAUGAUCAAGAAUCCAGACGAUUCGUUGGAGAAAAUGGAAGAUUCAAGAAAAAUUAAGAAAGGAAAGGCUGAAUCUACGAAUUUAAUGGUUUUUGGUCAUAAGGUAUGUUAA